CACGGCAGGAGUAAUUAUCGCCGCAGAGUGUGGACGAGAUCAGAUAUUUGCCUGCCCACAAAAAGCUGCAGCGUCACAUUACUACAGCAUGGGUUUACAUGGACCUCUUGGAUUCAUUUUGCCGUUCAUAUACAAAAAUUUGAACUCCAGCACGAAUCUGCUUGGUUAAGUGGACCUUUUCUUCACGGGGACACGCUUUGGCUGGCCAUAUAUUUUGGUUUCAUUGCGAUGAGUCUGAUGUUUAUGGAUGAGGAUGAAGCCAUGAGAGCGGGAAUUCCGCUAAAUAACACGUCUGAGCUAGUCCGCAACUGGUAUGAUGCAGCUCUCUUCUUUCUCAACGAAGCUGAUUUCACACGAAACCCCAACUUCAAGACUGUACAAGCCAUUGCCAUUCUUCUUGGAUUGGCAAAGAACGUCGGGGAUUUUGAUCUCGAGCCUGUUAUUCAAGCGGCAGGGAUACGCAUUGGACAGAUCCUGGGAAUGGACUGCGAGCCUCCCAGGAUAUCGAAAGAUCCUAUCAUCCGAGAAAUUAGCCGACGGACAUGGUGGACUUUGAUAAUAUGUGAAUGGCUUUCCAUACCGACACGCCCACCUUGCAUACAUGAGGCAGACUUCAACGUCAGGCUUCCCUUGACUCUAUUGGAUGAAGAGUUAAAUACGUGUUUAAUUGACGAACCAAGCAUGGCAAUCGAUGUUCCAAGACCAAUCAAUUACCACAGUGCUCUGAUCUCAUUGGCUUACUCGAAUUAUCGCUUUUGGGUCCAGAUGGUUGCCAUUAAGAACCUUCAAGGUGAUAACCUAAUGGAAGAUCUUGUCCUGACUACAGAUGAAGCUUUGGCCAAUAUCAUCUCCCAGUUACCAUCUCAUCUUCUCGAGGAUUAUGAUGAUCAGACAACAGCAAGCAAACAAUAUCCACCCUGGGUCUUAUGGCAGCAAACAACUUUAUCGCUGUCUUUCUUAAAUUAUCGAAUGAAAAUCAACCGAGUCCUGCAACAUCGGUGGGCUUCUUCGUCGGAUGUACUGCUUGCUAGGUCGAAGGCAAUAUGCUUAGAUUCAGCAAACGCAAUUGUAUCAUUGGUGAAGCAACACAAGGUUGCUCCUGCACGCCAUCGUCCGUGGGCAACAACCUCGGCCUUGUUUUCGGCGGCUCUGACCCUUGCAGCGGAAGCAAAAGGUCUAAAUAAGCAUGCUUCGAAGGAAUAUAUGGAUAGGAUUCAAACAUGUCUUGCAUUUUUUGAACACAUUAAAGACCACAGCGCUCUCGCUAAACGAGCACUGGAAGAUUUGAGCACGUUUUGUGAAGACUUAUUAUAA